AUGUUCAUUAUCCACUGGUUUUUUGAUGUCUUGGCCUCUUUAGGUCUUGUGAACAAGAAUGCAAAGAUCCUAUUUUUAGGAUUAGAUAAUGCAGGCAAGACGACUUUGUUGCACAUGUUAAAGAACGACCGUCUGGCUACUUUGCAACCGACACUACAUCCUACAUCGGAAGAACUCUCUAUAGGAAACGUACGUUUUACAACCUUUGAUCUCGGUGGACAUCAACAAGCUCGUCGUCUCUGGAAAGAUUACUUUCCUGAAGUAUCAGGGAUUGUUUUUAUGGUGGAUACUCAAGAUCACGAACGUUUUAUAGAGGCCAAAACCGAAUUGGAUGCAUUACUUUCCAUUGAACAGCUGUCAGACGUUCCGUUUUUGAUUUUGGGUAACAAAAUUGACGCACCUGGAGCUGUAUCCGAGGAAGAGUUAAGGCAGGCCUUAGGCUUAUAUCAUACUACUGGACAGGGUAAAGUGCCCCUAAAAGACAUUCGUCCGAUUGAGGUGUUUAUGUGCUCAGUGGUCAUGAGACAAGGUUAUGGGGAAGCACCUGAACAGAAAGAGAAAUUGGAUCAGUUGCUGAAAGAAUACGAGUUAAGGUCAGAUAAUGGCAGUCAUGGAAGCCCAAAGCAAAUUAUGGCUGACCAAGGAGCUGCAUUUGUUGGCAUUGUUAAUUGUGUGACACUGCCAUUAUUGGGUAAAAAAGCACAGCAAACAGCAAGAGGCAAGCACGAUGGACAGCCGGACACCAGCCAGCAAGCGCAAUGGAUGACUCCAAGACCAGAAAGCAUGCCAGACGGCAAACAAGCACGCCAGAUACAGGCAAUCUCUAGAAAGCGUGCUGGAAACGAGUGA